GAGGGUGGCGGUCAUGAUGAAGUCUAACGGUGUGCAGUAAUUGCAAUUCUGAAUGGUUAGAACCCGAGAUAGGAGUUGAAAAUAUUUGCAAAACAAAAAAAAAACUCGAAAUAACCGUGUUUUGAAGUUGAAUUUCUAAAAAAAAUAAUGACCACUUUUUUAAUUUCUCAAAGUUAACUGUUAUGGGAUAACCUUUGAGUACAUUUUCGAAAUUACGAUAAGAAACGAAAAUGAUAAGUAUUGACAUUUGGCCUUGACCUAGGAUAUCAAAUUGGGCGUUAGUACGAUUAGGAUCGGCGAUAGUAGUGAUGAGUUUACCAGCUCUCUAGGCGAGACAAAUCGAAAGCACGCCUUAUUUUUUUUAAAAAUUACACUGCACUGCGGAAAGAUGAGAGACACAGGUCUUUGAGUUUAACAAAACAAAACAAAACCUGUAAAAACAAAUAUGAUAAAUGCCAUAAAUGGAUAGGGGGUUUCCCAGUCAGAAAACCCCGCAUUUUUCCGGAAAACCCCACUGCAUUGCAAAAAACUUUUUGCAGGUUUUUCUGCAAUUUUGCGCAUUUUUCCGAAAUACAUUUAUUCUUAGGAAAAUAAAAAAUCUCAUUAUGGAUGACCAAAAAUAGGGAUUUUUCAGAUUCACCAAAAUCAAUAUUAGAGCCACUGGUUCCACCAAGAGACUGAAAACUCUCAAUGUAAUUUUCUGAAAUUUCAGACUCUUUUGGAGCGAUAAUUGACUAUUUUCGGGUUAAAUUCGGAAAAAUGCGGAAAAACCCAAAACUGGUUGUUUUUUCCAGCCGGUAUUUUGCGCAAAAAACCAGUGGUGCAUUUUUGCGCAUUGCAAAAUUAACGAACCCUGUUCCCAGUCAAGUGAAAAUAUUUCCUUUACAAAAAUAAACAAGUAUAUCACGAUAGCAAAGAGUUGUGCCCCCCUAAAAAAGGGUACAUCCUGCAGAAGCUAUUGAAAUUCACUGUAAAUAAAAGCCAAAACUACCCUUAAACGGCUCAAUAUUUAAAAUUAGCCAACCAUCUCUAUUUUUCACCUCCUUAUGAAAUCUGACCGUGGUAGCAUUUACUUUAAAUAUUCAGCGCUAAACCUUAAUUAAUUUACAUAAAAAUUUUAUGGGAUUGCAAAUUUUAAUUUCUAGGUUAUCAUGAAAGAUACGAGAAAAGCAAUAGGAAAUAAUAAUUGCUGUUGAAAUUUAGCUGAAUUGUUUGUAAGUUAAAUUUUGAAAGAUUGAAAUAGCUAUUCAGAUUACAAAUUAUUAAUACAAAAUUUUAGCUUUUAGUAAAUUUAAUCAUUUCUCGAAUAGCAAAGUAAUUAUCCUGCAAGAAUAUUAUAUUUUAAUAUUAUUAAAUCUUAAAAGAAACAAGAGCAAAACUCGCGUGGCAAAACAGCAAUCAAUAAUCACAUUUUUUCAACUUAAAGUCAAUUAAAGAAAUAAACCAAAAAUAAUCAUUUAUUUUUAAAUUGAAACAAAUGUACAAAAAUUUAUUAGGCUGUUUCGACUUAAAGGAGAGACUUUUGAAAGCAGACUAACAAUUUAGCUCUUCGUUAUCAUUCCUGCAUGCGUAUACUUCAUAGUAUAUUUCACGGUGCUUGGUACUCAAUCAUAGGGGUUAAUGUUGUGUCACAAUUCUUUUCAGAGCGAGGGUUGCUGUACAUGUUUGCGGAAUUAUGAAGAGGGCGAGUAAAAGAGCGAGUGAUUGCAGCAUGCCUAGUAAUUUCAAUCGCGCAUCCUGUAAUGAAGAUUACAGCCAGCUUAUUGCAGCUCCAAUAAAGAGACGCAGUUGUUCGCCUGCCAUCAAGAUUGAAACACCAACAAUGCUUCCACAUCACUCACAGUCAAAUACUGAGCCAGCCCAGCGAACUGAAGCUGAUUCUGAUUCAGAGAAUGUCACUGUCAAGAAUGAGUCAUAUGAAAUACUGCCUUGCAAAGUAUUGCUUGACAGUGGAGAUAUCCGUCGAUACCUAUUGGAGCACAGCAUUACUUUAGAGGAUUUGUUCAUCAGAUCUGGAAUAGAACUAAAUCCACUUUCUGCACAUCAAAAUAAACCACUGAAGCACAUAACCAUAAAAACUGAGCCUGAUGACUGCACUGAUGAAAUCACUAAUUUCAAUCAAAGAUAUUUAGAUGAUCAAUGUGCAAACAAAGGACAUAAACGGCGGGAAGUCAACAGGACGGUAUCCUUUGUUAACAUCACAGUCCCUGCAGCUACAGAUGCCUCAGUGCACGACCCAUCACAGUCAACUUCUGCAAGUUUUGAUUUCUCAAAAUACUUGAAGAUUGAAUUAUUAGACUCUGCUAAAGAACCAAUUGCCUCUGAUUUUGAGGAAGAUGAAAUUCCAUCGCUUGAAUGUGCAGAGAGAAUUAUUUCGUCACCUGAGCUUGAAACCACCGCCAGUGGAAGCAGUGAUGACAAUCUUGAAUACGAGUCAGACAAAUGCCCCUCUCAUGAUGGUAGUAGAGUCGUUGACUUUCGCAGCUUGGAGAAGAAAAAAGCAGUCACCAACACACGCACACAAUCCGUGAAAACCAAACAAGAACUUGAGUUUGUUUUCAGGAAGAAAAAUACCUCUGAGAAGGGAGCAGGAAAGCAUGAAUACAACGUCCAACCUCGUAAUUCUGGCAUAACAUCGUGCACUGAAGAUAGUACAACAGAGACAGCAAGUGACACAUGUUAUUCGUAUUCGGAUUCAGAAAGAGAUGACUUUAUCAUAGAUCUUGAAAGAGAUGAUGAAGAAGCAAGUACUUCCAUUGCGAGUUGUCUGCAAGAGAGAAAAGACGAGGCAACUCAGAUACCGAGUGAAGUUCCCAAGGUCGGGGACAAUAGGACUCCAACAGCUUUCUACUGUGUUCCUUGCGCAGUGAAGUUUGGUAACUCGGAACAGCUCAAGUCUCAUGUGCUGAAUUUUCAUCGUGAGUGUUUGGAAACAACCGCUGCUGUGCCCGCUGUAAAGCAAGGAAUAAUCAUGGUCAAGUACGUCACAGGUGUUUGCUGCUACUACGAGUGUCCGAAUUGCUUUGGCCUAUUUGAAAAUUUGAAAAUUGUUUCUGAGCAUUUGGUCACAGUUCAUAUUACGGAAGUUCGAAAACUGCGUAGAGUUACUUGCAACAGAGUGCCUGUGAAGACUGUGAAAAUGGGACCUAAGGUCCCAACAACUGGUCUGUUUCAUUGCGGCUAUUGCCAGCGGAACUAUACUUUAUUUGAACAUUUGAGACUACACAUGAAAAUAGACCAUGACAUUUUGGAUUGCCAAAAGUGCCUCUGUUUCUACCGCAUGUCUAAAAUGAAUAGCUGCCCUGUAUGCCCAAGGGUUACUCGUAUCAACAAAUCACGCCUGCUAAAUGUUGUCGCAGGUGGAGAACCAUAUGUUAAGCCAAAUAGCGUUGAAAGUGGCAACGAACUCAUUCACACCAUGGGUUCUUUCAGUGUGAAAAGCUCUACCAGGAACAAUGAUCUAGAGGAAGUGCUUGGCAUUCGCCGCACCCUGCGGAAACCGUUUCCAGAGAAUGACAAAGGGAUGUGGACGGAGGAUGAUGCAGUGGCCAAGGAAUUGAAAAAUGCUCCUCUGCAACAACGCGAGCUAGUUCUCCCUGAUGAGCAAACUGUUCUUGUUGAAGAAGAAGAGUCUGCUGACGGAGAAGAAGAUGAGUACAGUGUAGAAGCGCUCAAUAGGUUGCUCAAAUCCAUUAACCAAAAGUAUAAAAGCGACAACAAUGACUUUGAGCCAAGAGAAUCCAACCCUCGAACAACUCGCAAAUCACCCCAACCACGAAUGAUGUUACAAUCAUCCUCCGAUGAGAACUUGAAUGGCACUAGUGAUACGCAACAAAAUACUGACAAAGUACUGUGUAAAAUGAAAAAUGCGACUGGUGCUUCACCAAUAGUGGACAAAAUCCCUCCGCUUAAGAACAAAUCAGUCCUUGAGUCUUCUGUGAGUCCUUCAUUCCGUGCUGCAGAUCCUCGAAUCCGGGUUAAGCCUUCGAUUGUUAAGAGUUCUGAAAUUGCAUCAGUGCAGGCCUCGUCUUUCAUCCUCAAAACUGCGGUUAUAGAUGAUGCAAGCAGUCACUCGGACAUUAGGCCUAGUUCUUCUAAAGGCCAAGUAAUGGCGACGACUAGCCAUGGUGGAAAAGUCGCCACACUAAAGAGAGUCUCUACUCAAGCCCUCCAGCUUAAAACAGGAGUGUUCUCUAAUGUAGAAGACUUGGACCAAAAAGAGCUAGCAAGACUGACUGACAUUCAAAGCAGACUUCAGAUGAAAAGGACCUACAAAUUCAGCUCGAGCUACUUACCCUGUAUAUUCUGUGACAAAAUAACUGAUAAACUUGAAGACCUAGUGGGACAUCUAGUCAUGAAACACGUCUACUGCCCUCAAUGCAGAGAAAACUUUCAAUCGCUAGACCAUUUUGACAACCACAAGCAAUUGAAAUUCUACAGAUGCAGUGCUUUUGGAUGUGAACAAACCUUCAGAACUGUCACGCAGUAUGCAAAGCAUGACAAACUGGUCCAUGAUUGUGAGUAUGUGAUAUCAAGUGAGGGCGCCAAAGAACAUGAGUUUGAGAUGAAUUGGGAGGAGGACUCAUUUCCAUGCUGCUAUUGCUAUGAGUAUUUUGUUUGUAGAUCAGUGAGAGACCAGCAUUUGCUCGUUGAACACGGUGUCGCGAAAUGUAUUACAUGCCAUAAUUAUGUUUCCAAUCGCUCACGCUGCCAGGUGUGUUUAAAAAUUAACAAACUAAAGAAUUAAUUCAUUUGCUGUUAUUUUUUAUUAACAUUGUAAAUGGACGGAGAUAGAAUAAACCUAAGAUCAUAAAAAAGUGA